UGGAAUUGUCGCAACUCAUUGGAUAUCGUCACUUGAACCGAAAGUAGUUUCCUACCUGUAUCCCACGCAUCGAUGCUAAAAUCGAGGUUUAAGGCUGACGAGGGUCACGUUUCGUCUUACUGAUAAGGGUUGGCUUUCAUUUUGAAGGUGGACUAGAGCGUUUUCGUAAUUCCGGUACGUUUUACUCUUCGUUAGUGUAGUCUGCUUUCGAUUUUGUUGAUGGAAACCACUCUAAACUUAAUGUGUCGCAACAUCAGUCUACAGGAGCGUCAACAGCGCCAGGUGAAAAGGGGAACUGGGCUUGGUGAAAGUUCCUACAUUUUAUUGGUAAUGGGAUAAUAUUGCUUCAUAAAGACAUUUAAAAUGUGAUAUGUUACAACCGGAAUGGUGCAAUACCUUGUAAUGGUUGAUACUGACACGUCGUGUGUAUUGCACGACAGCUCUCUGGUUUUAUUUUGAAAUCCGUUACCGGAAAUCGUGCUUGGUUCACCUGUAAUUGACGCUGUCAGGAAGUGGGAUGUGGCCAGAUUGUAUUUAUGCUGCUGAUCAAGAUAUGAAAAUCAUAGAAUCCGCGCGUUUCGGGAGCUCUGCUUCAACGUCGAUAACAGCGUGUGUAACAGUUUUGUCCUACGUCCCUGAAGUUGCUGCCGGGAAUCAAAAGCAGCGAACGGAGCCGCUGUGUCUUUGCUUUCGUCUGGAUUGGGCCACUUCCCAUAAGACUUCACAACCUCACGCCCCAACACUUUAUUGCAACUGCAUCUAGGGCGCUGGUUACGUAAUAAGUAUGUGAAUCCAUACAGUGACUUUUUAAAAAAUAUAUAUGUAUUUUGCUUGAGAACGAAGAUUGCUUGGCCCCGUCGUUUAUUACAAAUGUCAGCAAGUCACCAUCAUCAAGUGAUGAUGGAGUCAUCUUUAGCGCUUGGUAGACUGGACCUGACUUCCGCUGUCGGGGUCAACAUGACCCCGUGCAUCUCCCCGGCUGCUUCCACCAAAGAGAUGAGCGGUCACCGGCCAAUUGGAACACAAGGACCGGCUCAUCUGAAUGGCUGCGUGCCGCUGUCACAUCAGGUUGCCGGUCACAAGUAUGGCGUGGAUAAAGUGGGGAUUCUGCAACAUCCAGAUGGAACAGUCCUGAAGCAACUGCAACCUCCACCGAGAGGACCAAGGGAGAUGCAGUUCUACAGCAUGGUAUAUGCAGACGAUUGCCGUGACCCGUGUCUUCUGGAGCUCCAGACACAUCUCCCAAAAUAUUACGGCACUUUGUCCUCUCCUGAUGCACCAAAUGAGCUGUACAUGAAGCUUGAGGACGUGACUCGACGCUUCGUCAAGCCGUGCAUCAUGGAUGUGAAGUUGGGCCAGAGAAGUUACGAUCCAUUUGCCUCGCAGGAGAAAAGGGAGCAACAGAUCAGAAAAUACCCACUGAUGGAAGAGAUGGGCUUCCUGGUCCUUGGCAUGAGAGUUUACAAGCUUUGCAGUGACACUGUUGACAUGUUUGACCAGCACUAUGGCAGGGGACUGUUGAAGGAGACUAUUAAAGAUGGCUUGGCUAAAUUCUUUCACAACGGCGUUUGUCUGAGGAAGGACGCGGUGGUCGCCAGCAUUCGCAGAGUGCAGAAUAUCCUCCGCUGGUUCGAGUCGCAGCGUCAGCUGGUCUUCUACGCCAGCUCUCUCCUCUUUGUCUACGAGGGCCUCCCCUCCUCCAGCAGCUUCCCUCUCAUCGGCACCCCCACGAACAGCCCGGCCGCCGUCGGCAGGAGUCGGGACGGCAAGGACGAAAGGAGCCAGGAGGUAGGUGAAAAGAACGAAAAGAUGGCAGAGUACAACAACAACAACAACAUUCAGGCGGCGGCGCCCUACGAUUGCGCCCGAGACCCCAUUUGCAGCAAUCACAGGAAAGCUGGCCUCCAUCCGUGCGCUAAGGCUCAUCAUCAAGGCAUCAGCGGAGACGACGGCACUUUAGGAACGACGACGCGCCAGCCGGGUUCUGUCGAGAAAUUGCCGCCGCAAGACAACUCGACCUGGUUGUCCCGGCAACCGCCAAACGGAAAUGGGAACAAAUUCCAACUUGAAAGGAAGGGCGAGUACGACGAGAGAGCGAAGGGCGGCGGGAGGGAAGAGGACCUCGUGCAAGGCGGAGGCGAGGCGACCGGGUUGAGCGAAGGCAACGCGCAGGUGGAGGUCAAGAUGAUCGACUUUGCCCACGUUUUCCCCAGCAAGAGCCUCGAUCGCGGCUACAUUUAUGGCCUCAAGCAUCUGCUGACCGUAUUGAACCAGAUCCUCUCAGACGAGGCUUAGACUCGCCCGCGCUUAACCUUCCGACUUGCUCCAAGUGAACCACUGUCCCUGCCUACUUUGUCCACUCUCCUUCCGGAAAUCUUGGAACCGCCAUCAUCAUCUCACAUAAUUGCGAUGGGUGCGUGUGCGGGCGUUGAAUUUUUUUUUUUUUCCGAGUGGAAGUCAGAAGUAGAGAAGGCUGACCAUUACAUGCACUAAGCGAUCCCUCGAAGGCAUUAGGACCCUCUGCCUCAGCCGUUGGUUAACGCCGACUCACAUUACACAAGCUCUAAAAUGUGACCCCCGUUUUACUGAAAUGCACUGGAUUUGACAAGUCUAAACUUUCUUAACUGGCUGGAUUGAUUGUUGGUGAAAAAUGGUUAGGUUUGUUUUGAAAAACAGAACAUCUCAAAUCCUGAGUGAGCCAGAGAUAUUUCUGUCUUGUUUUUAACCAUCGUAACUAUUUGAUACUAUUUAUAGAAGUUUUAGGUUUUCGAUUUUGGGGUUCUUUGGGUGGGAUGCUGAGAGACAAGCUUUCACUGCCAUAAAGCAUCGGAAUAUAUAUGUAUAUAUAUUUUUUUUCAUUCUGCUUUUUGAACCUUCUUAACCGUGCCACUAACUUUCUGAUUGGUGAGCUGUUAAUUUCACAUGACCCUAAAAACGAUUGCUUCCAAAGCUUUUUUUUUUUUUGACAAAGGCCAAAUUAAAAACGGAAAAUGCUCAACUGUCACAUGCCGACAUUAAUUUAAAAAAAAUAACACAAACACUUCUGGGUUUUUUUUUUUAUUGUUGUUUUUAAUAUGCCGGUUUUUGUUUACAUCUCAACUAGCUAGCCUGCAAUAUUUUCUCCUUACGUUCCAUUUGACGAUACGAUCCAGGUGACCAUCUCUCAGCAGUCACCUUGAGUUUUUGAGGAAAUUGCUGUUUUUUUAAGCAGCGAUUGAAAUGAUUAUAAAGAGAAGUCUCUUCCGAAGAUUCAGUUUCUGCAUAAUUGAUUGUCGUUUUAUGGCAUAUGAAGAUAAUACCCGCCUUUGGAUAGUGAUCCAUAAUUUCCACUGAUCCCGUUAUUUGCAUCCGCUAACAUUGGAUAAGUUAGCGUCGUAAUACUUGACUUGGCCUGUUAGCGUGUUCCAUUUUGAAAAUUAGUUUGGAGUGAAUCCCAAGAAAGCAAUUUCAUUCACACAACAGCACCGAAUAACAUAACUACGCGAUUACAUUUUUUUAAACUGUUGUUCAUGUGGGUGUUAAAUGCGUAUCGAGCAACUCUUCUACUGAGCAAACCACCAACUGGAACUUGAGUCGCUUGAAUCUCAUGGUUCAUUUGAAAAUGCAACUACAACCUUUUCAAGCUUAAACUGACACUUUUUACUGCCAUGCAAUUUCUUGCUAUUCUAAAAUAGGCUGCCUUUUCUUUUCUUUCCUAUAUACCCAAUUUCGACAAUGAUGUAACUCAGGUAAUAAACACCCACGAAUACAUUCGGUAGUUACCACGUCGCCAUUUUCCUCUCAGCUUGAUCCUUGCGCUGUCUCCACACGGUCGCUGAAGGUUGUCAGCGUCGGAAGACGUGAACCGUUUUUGACCUUUCACCCUCUUAGGAUCAUUUAAACGUGGCUGACUGUCACACCGUCUUCAAGUCGAAUCGGUGUCGCGAUUCGGAGAGUUGCAUCCUUGCACUCCCGCUUAAUUCUCGCUAAUAGAAAGCAAAAACAUGUCUUUGCGAGUGACGCCAUUUUUGUUAUCGUAAAGCGGUAGCAAUUGCGAUGGUGUCGGUAAGAUUGCAACUUUCAUGGUCGAGUUUUAAAAUCGGAGUCAAGAAAGAGCGCUUCUCAAUCGGACUUGCCCUUUUAUGGUUUUUGUUUUUGUGUCGAUGGCAUUCAAGGAGUCAUUUUAACAUCAUUUCAGACUAAGUGAUUUCUUUCUUUUUUUUUUUUUUUUUUUGUGCUGUUUGACUCCUUAUUUACAGUUGUAUACUUUUGAUCGAAUUUUUGUAGGCUGAGCCAUUGGACUGACAACUGCAAAAAUUUGACACACAUUGGAUGAUAUGAAAUCAGACGGAAUGCAAUGAACGAUGUAACCCAAAGCAACCCUGAUCAAGACCAAAUUCUUUCUAAUUCAAAUUCAGUUCUUUUUAACUUUGCCGGCGGAAUGGCAUAUCAUGUUGGUCCUCUCACCAACGGUAUAAUGCAUAUAAUAUUUUUUUAAGGAAAAUAUAAGGGUUUUCAUUGUGCUUUUAAAUUGCUGCUGAUCUUUUGUUUUUUUUUUUUAAACAUAACUGGCUCAUUAUUGUGUUUCAACAUUACAGGCUGCUUCAAAUGUUCGUAUGAGACUCAGUGCCCCACUUUGAGUAAACUGAUGAUGCACGGGCCUUUUCCAGCUUAUACUGUAGCGUGACAAUGAAAAAUGUAAACCGUUUUGAUUUGUCAUUUGACGUAAUUAAGUGCAUGGUCAUUCUAAUUUGAUCCUAUAUCCAGUUAGACUGCAAAAUCUGAACUUGGUUCCUUUUGUUUUGAUCGGAGUCACAUUUUUGGAGUCCUCGUGGAUGUUUACGCGCAUUAACUAUUCUUGUCAUGUAACUGCCUUAUGUCAUUUUUAAUAACUUGAUUUUUGUCUUUUAUGUUUUGAACAUUAUUGUUUGUUCAUUCCGGCAGCUUUAAUCGGUCUGUUCGUUUUGCUUGCAAGCUAACCAGUGUCAAAUCGUGCGUAUUUACACAGGGAAUCGUUAAUAAAUGACUUUGUUUAAUGACAGUAAUGCAACUUGUUACCAGUGUGUGAAGUCUAGCAAUCAGGUUUUGGUACUAAGACUGGCAGGUUUUUUCCAUUAUUACAAAUUGUUUACCUAGCAUUACUUUGAAAAAAAAAAACAUAUACAUAUGAAUAUGCCUUUGCAGAAUUCACACACUGUUUGUGCUUAGGG